AUGCGCUUUUCUGCCGAUAAGGUCGAGAUCUGCAACAUCGCCUCAGUCACCACCAGCGCCAUGGAAGCGACACCCCCAGCGAUGAGCUUCAGCCUCCUGGGAUCCGCCGCUCCAGUUCUUGCGCCGAGAGUAGGAAGACUAUCUCUCCCAGGCCGCAAAACAAUAUCCACGCCGCAUCACGUCCCACUCACGUCGCGGGGCACUGUGCCCCAUAUCGCACAUGAUGUGAUACGUGACCACACCGCGAUUAACAGUCUAUACGUUGGGUUGGAAGACUUCAUCGAGAAGAAGAGUCCCGCUGUAUAUAAGACACCUGCCGCGGCACACGAGUCGCCAUUGAAGAAAUUCACCUGCGUGGCCGAGGAUAUGCCUUUGAUCCUUGGACCACGGAGAUUCCCCGCGAUCCCAUGCCCGCCUGCAAAUACAACGAGCUCAAUUGCACUACUGACAUCCGUCGGAUUCAGGCAACUCCCCUCGUCUGAAUAUCUAGAAGCAGUGCGAAAUCUGAGGCCGGAUAUUAUAGUUGGAAUGGCCGAUCUGGCCAACAAGGAGCCCGGAAACAAAAGGCGGGCGAAAAUGGUCGACCGAACGCAUGCUUGGACCACUGAAGCAUUGGAGAAGCUCUACGGGGAUUCUGUGCCAGAGGAAGCGAAGCCAAAGGCAGCAUUCUUUGCACCAAUUUUGCCACUCGAUAAUGCACAGCAAUCACUCUAUCUGGAGGACCUUGAGAGUGAUUUCCAAUGGGAUAUCUCCGGCCUGGCGUUGUAUCACUCUGCUUCAUUAGAAUUCGUCCCAGAGUCACUAUCAAAUCUCCCCCGGCUACUUUUCAGCGAGCCUGAGACCCCGCAUAAUGUUUUGCGGGAAAUCUCGCUUGGCGCAGACCUGCUGACCACACCUUUUGUCGGCGAAUCUUCUGACGCCGGUAUUGUGCUGGAAUUUGCUUUCCCAGCUCCAGCCCCGAAAGAGGGUGAUGUCGGGCUUCGACCUCUUGGUGUUGAUAUGUGGUCCUCUGAGCAUGCUACUGACACAUCGCCACCAACAGAGGGAUGCCAGUGUUAUUCCUGCAAGAAUUACCACCGCGCUUAUAUACACCAUCUACUGAUGGCUAAAGAGAUGACUGCGUGGGCACUUAUUCAAAUGCACAAUUUCCACGUUAUGGAUCUUUUCUUUGCUGGCGUCCGAGAAAGCAUACAGCGUGGGACCUAUGAGGAUGAUGUGUAUGUCUUUAACCGCACGUAUUCCUCUUUAAUGCCAGAAAGCACUGGACAAGGUCCCAGAUUGCGUGGAUAUCAACUCCCGGCCAACGGAUCUAACCAACCCCCCCGCAUGCCCAAGGCGUAUGGCCAGCUCAACCAGGCCAAGCAGAAGUUUACUGAGUCCCAAAUUGCGACGCCAGAUACCGAUGCGAGUGGGCUUGAAGAGCAUGGCUUUGCCAAGAAGGUAUAA